AUGGCAGCUGCAGAGUCCCAACUAGGGCGUACUCACAGCAAGUUAAUCCUCUCGAAAGCCUCAGCACCCCACCAUGGCCCUGAUACCGUGUCUGAUAACCCUGGAAGACCUCGAGGCCGCUCCUUUCAGCGUGCCUACGAGCGUUCCCUUGAACGCCUCCUCCCUACCAAUUUAUCGACCCCGGAAGCUACUGCCAAGCCUCGCAGGCCUACCGUCCACAAUGACCCUGAGCCUGAACUAAUAAAGGAUAUGCGUGCACAGCGUGACCUGGCACUGCGCCGUAAGAAGGAGAUGUCAGACCUAAUCAACGAUGCCCAACGGAAGAUCGUAGCCCUGGAGGAACAGGUUGCUCACCUCCAGAUAGAGCAGCAACCUCUGCCUACAACUGAAAUGCCACCUCAGCCGGACUACUACCGCGAAGCCCCGGUGUCCCGGGAAUCCCCUGGCUACAUGGACGAAACCCGCUAUACCCCAGUUACUGAUACUGUCUCGAACUGGCGUCCCCGGGGCUCCCACCCCAAUAGCCACUUCAAAGGCGAGGAUGUUGAUGAGUAUGGCCCCUGGAGAUACGCUAUCGAUGCAAAGCUUGAGGACGACUAUCCCCUGUAUCCUACUAAACGCUCAAAGAUCCGCUACACUCUAUCCCGCAUAGACAAGCCGAUCUUCGAUAUCAUGCAGACCUUUGUUCUAAGCGAUCCGACAAAGACCUUUGCAGAUUUAAUGUGUAAGGCCGCAAUACUAAUAUAG